GCCCGAUGAACACAUUACACCGUCAUCGGCUCUUCGCGCUGAAAAUCGGACGCGAUCGUGCUUAGAUCGCCGUAAAUCGCCGACGUAGUUCCGAGAGACGACGCGCUCCUGAUUUUUUUUUAAAUUUUCGGGGAGUAGCGGACGAAAAUAAGUUUGCGCGCGUAGAGAGGGAAAGGGAUAGAGAUAGUGAGUGUUGUGUAAGUGUGAAGGUGAAGUGCAGUUUUUAUUUUUGGAGAGGAGGAGGGGAGAGGAAGGUUACGCAUACGUCAAUCCGCCAGCCGCUGACAAAUUACCCCUACCCACGAUCCAUUAAUCCGCAAACAUCGACUACUGACCUUCCGUCUAACCCUGGCAUGAAAUUUAUCGUUCUCACCCGCCGUUUCGAAUCGCCCGUCCUAAAUCACCUCGAAAGCCUCACUUGAUUUCCGUUCUCAUCCCGCAAUGACAGAUCUCCCUCAUGCUUCAACCGGCACGCACGGGCCAAUCGGCGGCCGGUUCUGACGGGCGCAGGGAGGACUGAACGGCGGUGCGCCAUGUCGAGCGACCCGGAAACGACCAAGCACAAGGCGCACUCUACGGGAACGGUCAACAAGAAGCACCACAGAUCAAGGUCGACGCCUCGGUAUAAUAAUGAGGUGGACAAGCCGAGGAAGAAACGGCAUGUUAGUGCUGCUAAUUCGUUUACGUCGAUUCCCAAUGCGAUCAAGCUGUCUAUGCUGAACAGCGGACUGUUGCCUACCAGUAAAUUUAACGAUGACAACGGAACAGUUACGGACGCUAUCACGGACCGCCCUACCGACAUCUCCUACUUCAUGAAACUGUGCGAGCAGCGCAAGAAAUUUCCCGUCCUGUAUAAAUUGGAGUUCGAGAUUGCUGAAAAAACCGAGCCUCAUUCCUGUCGACACGGCACCAAGAAAAGCAACAUAGAAAAAAACCAAAACCAAAAAUGCAUUCCUUAUGAUUAUAACAGGGUCGUAUUGGACACUAUUGAAGGAGAACACGACAGUGAUUACAUUAACGCUUCCUAUGUAGAUAGUUUACUGAAACCAAAUGCCUACAUUAUAACGCAAGGGCCUACGGAAGAAACAGUCACGGAUUUCUGGAGGAUGGUAUGGCAAGAAAAAGCCAGUUGUAUUGUCAUGCUAACGAAAACCUUCGAUUUUAUUAAGGUGAUGUGUGUCCAGUAUUGGCCUGCGUCUAAUGAGCUGGAAGAAACCUACGGUGGGAUCCAUCUCAAAGUUAUACAAGAGGAAGAACUAGCUAAUUUUAGAAUAAGGACUUUUAGAUUAUAUAAAAUGAAAGACGGGGCUGUAUCAGAAGAGAGAUUUAUUCUUCAGUUUCAUUUCACGGAAUGGCACUGUCAUUCCAGCCCAUUCAGUAACGCCUUACUCGAGUUCAGAAGAAGGGUCAGGGCUGUGGUAGGGCAUAGGAUAAAAUCGAAGGAGGCUGGGCCUAUGGUAGUCCAUUGCAACGAUGGUGGUGGAAGAUCUGGGGUAUAUCUCCUUGUGGAUGCCAAUAUGGAACUUGGAGAAGAGGAGGACAAGUUUGACGUGUUCGGUUAUCUAAAAAAGUUACGACAAUCACGAAUGGGCAUGGUGGAGAACGUAAAAGUUUGGCGUGGAAUUUUGAACAUCCUGUAUGAUUUACGAUUACUAUUUAUAGUAAGUACCAAAGACCAAUACAAAUUUGUCUAUGACACUCUGGAAGAAUACGUCACGUGUGGGAACUCGUGGUUCAGUGUGAGCGAACUAUCUCAGAGACUGAAGCAGAAAUCUCAGAGGAACACCGUGACUAAAUUAAAUGAGUACCAGAAGGAGUACAUGUUGGUUUGCAAGCAAACACCUCGAUUUACUAUAGGGGACUGCGCUGGAGGGCACAGAGGAGACAAUAGAAAAAAGAAUAGGGACGUUUUGAUUGUUCCUCCCGAUAACUUUAGGCCUUAUCUCACUUCAUUCCAGGGUAAUAGUUUUACUGAUUACAUAAACGCCGUCUUCGUAGAUGGCUACACUAAGCCACGGGAAUAUAUCGUCACUGAAUGGCCCUUAAAAUCGACACUGGGAGAAUUCUGGUCUCUAGUGUACGAUUACGAGUGUUCUGCAGUGGUAGUGUUAUGCGUUCCUCCACAUAAUUCGCAACAAUUUCCUUCCUUUUGGCCAGAAGGUCGCACACCCAAAAAAUACGGUCCUGUCUUUACCAUAGAUCACAUCUCCCACAAUCACUACUCAAACAUCAAGACCUGGGUCUUUAGGAUAAACAAAAAGAUUGUGUCAUUGACUGAACUCAUGGCUGGUGUUAAGGCCCCUCCAAAGACAGUCCAACUGUUUCAGCUGAUGUGUUGGCCAAUGGGUCAUAAGGUACCUACGUCAACCAAUUCUCUGGUGGAGUUGAUGAAUAUGGUAGAAAGAUGGAGACAGCGUACAGAUUAUGGACCCGUGUGUAUCGUAUCCCCGGAUGGUAGAAGUAGGUGUGGAAUAUACUGUGCAGCAAACGCGUGCAUAGAACAAGUGAUACAGCAUGGUGAAGUGGAUAUUUUUCAAGCUGUUAGAACUGUAAGAAGACAUAGGCCUCAACUAAUAGAAAAUAUAACUGAAUACAAAUACUGUUACGAUGUCGUCCUCCAUUACGUCCUCCAUUACCUUAAUAAGGAUUUAGAAGAGCUUAAGGGAAAAAAUAAACAUUAGUUAUUAUGUAUAGACAAACAUGCCAUUGGGAGAUAUUUUCUUAACUUGAUACAGCCGGUAUAUAACUAAAAUAACAUUUAUAUUUAUGAAGAAAGAAAUUAUUGCAAAAAAAGGUCUAAACAAUAUUUGAAUAUUAAAAUAUACAAAUUAUAAAAAGUUUAUGUUGUUUUGAGAGAAGGAAUAUACUCCUAAAAGUAUACAAACAUUAGUGUACUACAUUAUAUAUAAUAAUACACAUUUUCAUUAAAACGUAUACAUAUAUACAGGGUGUCCUAGAAUUAAGUGCAAGUAUUUUAACUGGUAGUGUAGUUCGACC